AUGGUUCUGCGAUUCCCCCUGGCCCUCGGCAAACUCAGCAGGUUGCGGUGGAGCUUCUGCUUCUUCCUUCUACAGGUGGUCCCUUGCUGUGCAAAUGGUGCUUCGGACGAAGCGGUGCCAGAAGAACGAAAUCUCCGUGGCGACGCCGUUCGGGAUGUGCUCUCCACGGUCGUUGGACUCAUCCACCAUGUCUCUGAGGAGCAGCAUGAGAAGCCCCCUCAGCGGGACGUGGGCAUCGCCUGUAUGCUGCUGGGUUCUGUCGGCUUCGUGAUGCUGUUGUUCUACGUAGUGAACUGGAAGGACGACGACAUUCGCCUUUACGCCUGGACGAUCAUCAGCACCACCACGUGCCUCUUCACAGCCGUGCUCUCCUUCUCUGGUUUCAAGGUUGUGACUGAGAUGGCCAUCUAUGUUUCAGAGGAGACAACCGGCUUUGAGUGCAUCCGCGCAUACGUGCUGUUCCUGCUGGCUUUCGCGUCCUUGCAGUUGGCGUCGAAGCUGAUUUCGGGAGCCUACUGCUCCUUGCUGGAAUCUUUUCACGUGUUGUGGGUGACGAGGCCCUGGGUCCAGAAGCACAUCCAGGUUGUUGCAUGUUUUUCUGGGACGGACAGCGCGGAGGGAGGUGUAAGCCGUCAUCCAAUUGUUGAUUAUGUCGGUCGGUCUUUCAUUACACCUCCCACCCACGUUUUCACUGCCUCGGUGGACUCGCGGGGGCCAACCUUCCGCACCGGUGCCGCCAUACGUCGUGACCUACCAGUUUGUGCUACCUACGCGACUCCCUCGUGCGGAUUGACUUCUACCUCGAGGGUGGCCUCGGAGCUCAUCGGUGACCGCUGCUGCGCGCUUGGGCUGCCGGCGGACGAGUGGAGAGAGCGCGACCCCGCCGACGGCAUGAACACUGGUGGAGAAGGGCGAGAUCGCCCUGCGGCUAGUCCUUCCUCGGGGCACAAGCGCAAAGGAGGGGGGGCCAUCAAUCUGGACGACGACCUCCCGGGGGCCAUCUCACAAACCGAGACGGAAAUAUUCCCCACUCCUCCGGACCUUGCUGUCAACAGCCUCAGCAUCGCGGACGUCAAGACGGCCUUGCGAGUGGAGGUCCAGGGCUUCCUGGGCGAACUUCGGGGAGUGAUGGGUGGCAUGGAGAAGCGCAUUACCGAGAGCAUGGAGACCAAGAUGGCGGGAUUGCACACACGACUGGAUGACGUACAAGAACAAGCCAAAAAGCAUGGAGAGGCCCUGACGAGUUUGGAAGCCAGAGUGUUUCAGCUGGAAAACGGGGGGGGUCCUUCGACGACGGCUACCGGCACGGCAAGCACCUCGGGCUCCAACACACGCAGACGAGCCAUCGUGCUAGGGGGCUACGACCGGGACACCCCUCGUGAUACCCUACUGGCGGAGCUCUCCUCACAGGUGGCCAAGUUGCAACUCGACUUCGACCCCUCGACAAUGUUUGCCACGGGGAUAAGGAGAGGCACGGCCAUAGUGCCCAUGCACCCGAAGGAGGGGGAAAGCGAGAAGGACACCAGUGAGCGUUUUGCCAAAGUCUUGAGGCAGAUUCGUGAGGCGGACAUUGAGGUGGGCGUCAGAGAGGAUGGAAAGCCACGUCUUCUUUGGGCGGCUUGGAGCAAGACCCAGGAGCAACGACAGCGCUCGGCAUAUGCCGGAAAGGUGAAGCGACUCUUGCUGACCCUGGACAAGGAGGCCCAGGUGGAAUGUGAAUGGUCGUCGGGGACAGUGUGGCUGGGGGGAACAAGGGUUGCUUCUGCUACGACGGCGGGGCCAUUGGCGAAGGAGACGCACACCACAAAGUUCGGCUGGCUGGACGUUCAGAAGAUUGCAGAGAAGCUGGGCAAGGAGAAGAAGGAGAUCGAGGACCCCUGGGGGGACCUCGAGGCCCAGCUCCGCUGA